AUGAGCAGGGGCAGAUGUUGUAAUUUGGAGAUAUGUGUGUUGCCAGACAGGCCAAUGAAGUGCAGCAGUGGAUGUCUGUGGCUUGAGUCCGAUGCUGUACAGCUGGCCAGCACACCGGUGGUGCGCAGCGGGCGUGCCACGGUCCACUGGCGAAUGUAUGGCUUCCGCAAGAAGGCCAAGAAGGAUCACAGCAUCAUCGAUGCCGUGGACCUGACGCUCCCACCAGUCGAAUAUCAAACCCGGGCCACCUGGAUGGACCUGCCGGGCUCGGUUCUACAACCGCUCGCGCAGGCCGGAUAUUCAGUCGAUCGGGGGGCUCUCCACGCCCUGGAGCACGCCAUGAUAGCAAUGGCACCACUCUGCUGCGAUGUGGAGGUGAUGGAGCUUUCGUGCCAGCACACCCGCCGGGACAGCGAUCCGAAUCGCUACUUCCUCCUGCUCUACGAGCUUCAGAAAGGAGGCAGUGGGGCCUCUGACAAAGUCUACAAAGGCUGGGAAGAGCUGCUGUCGCAGGCUGUGCGACUCAUGAAGGAGUGCCCCUGUGAAAGCGGCUGCCCCAACUGCAUUGUGAUCUCCGGCUGCGGAGACUACAACCACGGCCUUGAGAAGGCAGGUGCCCUGAAGAUCGGUGCAGCACUUGGCUACGGAGGCGACGUCGCAACUCCGAGCGAAACAGCUGGGCCGAAGGACGCGGCAGACCAUGCGGGGGCAGCUGACAGCGCCACCAGCACGAUGCCGCAGCCCAAGCUGCCCCCCCGGCCGAAGAAGACUUUCGCCCAGUGCUUCAACUGUGGCGGAGGACAGGCCGCACAGAGCGUUUGCAUGGAUUUGGACUGA